AUGUCAGGGCAUACGCAGGACAAUAUCUUGAGGUUUGCUGUCGGAGUGUUGUUUGCGCAGAAAGACCGCGACGCGGCCGGGUUGGAGGACGCGAGGAAGUACCGGUACUUUAUCCAUUUAAAGCGCGAUAGGAACGCGUUCAAGGGAAGCAUCCGCCAACCAGCUGGCCAUUUGCCGCAAGCCGCCCAUCAAUGUGUAAUGACAUUCUUCGCGAAGUCUGUUUAUCAAUCAUGGCUUUCGAAGUACCUGUUCAAAACCCAAUUGCUGCGCUCACCACCUCAUGAUCCCUGCUUCCAUCCCACUCAGGGAUAG